ACGGAUGCCUUGACAACCCUAUUCGGGGCAUUUUCCAACACCAACAGCCGAAAUUUGUUUUUGGGUAGACUUCCGAUAUUUAGCUUGAAAAGUGAGUAAAUACGACAGGAUAGAACAUUAAAACCUACGAUUUGGAAUGACCGCCGUGUUCCGCGUAGGCCUGGUGCGGCUUGUCAGCCGCGCCACACAGUCGCCCAAUCUUCUCCAGGCGCAGACGAAUGCCCUGCCCGCUGCCUUCCAGCAGCGAUGCAGCAUCUCCGGCAAGACGAUGCGAGGCGGACCCCGUGUGCCCAAGGCCGCCCCCUAUCCGUACAAGACGAAGAAGUACAGCGUGUUCAAUUCGUUUUUCGACAAGACCUCCAAGCGUUUUGACGAGAACUCCAAGGUGAUCUGUGUGGAGGGACCCAUCGCGGCCGGCAAGUCAAAGUUCGCCAAGGAACUGGCUGAGGAGCUGGACAUGCAGUACUAUCCGGCGGUGGAUCUGGACCUGAUCUACAUCAAUUCGUACGGCUAUGACUUGAGGAAGUUGGAUCCCCAGUUGCCGCCCAGUUGCCGCAGCUACGAUGUGCGCAACUUCUGCCUGGACCCCAGCCACGAUUUGGCUGCCCAGUUCCAGAUCCGAAUGUACAUGCUGCGCUAUUCGCAGUACAUUGAUGCCCUGCAGCACAUCUUAAGCACAGGCCAGGGCGUUGUCCUCGAGCGCAGCCCCUAUUCGGACUUUGUCUUCAUGGAGGCCAUGUUUCGGCAGGGUUAUCUGUCCCGCGGUGCCCGUUCCGUGUACAAUGAGCUCCGACAGAACACCAUCGGGGAGCUACUGAAGCCGCAUUUGGUUAUUUACCUGGACCUGCCGGUCGAUGCCGUGAAGAAGCAAAUCAAGGCACGCAAUGUGGACUACGAGGUGCAGUCAAAGGUGUUUAGCGAUGCCUACUUGAGCGAUGUGGAGCUGCUGUACAAGCAGCAGUACCUCAAGGACAUCUCCACCCAUGCCGAGCUGCUCAUCUACGACUGGACAGCCGGCGGUGAGACUGAGGUUGUGGUGGAGGAUAUCGAACGCAUCGACUUCGACCAGUUUGAGGCGGAUUCCCACAACAAGAAGAUGCUCGACUGGCGUUUCCCGCUGGAGACCGAGUGGUGCGAAGCCCGUAUCAAGUACUGCCACUAUAGGCCCGACCUGAUGAACUACUUCAAUGUGCCGCGCUUCGAUGUUCCGGAGCUGCUGCGCAGCGCCGACGACAGCAAAGUCUGGCGUGAUGUCUGGUACAAUGCUCCCGGCAUGAAGUAUCGUCCUGGCUACAAUGCAGAACAGGGCGACAGCGGUCUCCUCACCAAGACGAAAUUGGGCAUCAACGAGGCCAUCUAAAGGGUUUUUGCUAUGCUUUCGAGUUGAAAUCAUCUGGCGAAAUGUGUUAAUUAUCUAAUAAACAAUCUAGUAAAAUA